GUUAAAUGAUUGUAUCGUCUGAUACAAAGUUGUAAGAUAUGCUGAUAAGUUAGCUAUAAAAGUCAAAUCUUAUAACUUGGUAAUGUCAGUUCCUUCCCAAAAAUCGACUAUAGGAGAGUGUGUUAUCCUUCCAUUGUUAGAAAUAAAUCUGUUGAAAUGAAAGGUUUAUUAUUAGUAGUCAUUGCCGUUUUGGCACUAAUGGGAACCGCUUUUGCCGAAAUACCUGAAAUUCCAACAAAAGGUGCAGAAUCUUUGAGCGAAAAAUGCGCUUUUCCAUCUGAUUGUCCAACCGCUGGCCAUAUUCGCUAUCCUCAUGAAAGAGAUUGUAGGUUAUACUACGAAUGCUCCAACGGUCGCAAAUGUGUUAUGUCGUGUUUCGAAGGAUACGUCUUCAAUCCAAUACUCGACACGUGCGAUUUACCCAAGAACGUACCAAACUGCAUGCAUUAG